AUGUGUUUUGAAGAAAUUACAAAUAGUUCUACAUCAUACAACCCCACCAUAAGUUGUGAUUUAGAGAACCAAGAAGUUUAUAUUCCGAGAAAAAGUUUACUUGAACUGAAAUACGACAGGCUGAAAAACAAUAAUGAAAGUAUAAAGCAGUUCAAUUGCGAUCAUGUGAAUAACACUUUUUAUUCCUACGUGGUUUGUCCGGAAACUUCGGCCAGAUUUAAAAGAGUACUGUGGGCAAAGCCCCAUCAACCAGUCGGACGCUGGACUAAUCCACUAGUUUACCUCAUAUCUAAGAUAAGACAAAAUGAAGAUAUGAAGUUGUUAAAUGCGCCAAAACAAAAUGUUUCACCCAGCCGAAACAAUAUCUGGAAUUAUACUCCUAAAGAUGAUUUAUUCACAUUGGGGAACAAACACCCUUCUCAACUUUCUGCUGAGCAAUAUUUGGUGUAUAUAAAUUACAAAGAAUAUGAUCGACUACACAAUACUGCACCAUCAUCGUCAAAACAAGAUUCCAAACAAACAAAAUGCUGUUAUUGUUCCUGGCAAGAACCGUUUUUUUUUUAAGGAAGUUUUGUUAUGAAAAAAUUG